GCUCUAAUCUCUAUAAGACGUCGGCGUAUCCCUAUAGUUUAAAAUGAUGAUGCCAAGACGGACAGUGUAACAUUGUUGACUGUUUCAAUCUUAUCCUUCUCGUUACUCAAUAAACAAUGAGAACCAAAGUUAAGCACAGGAAAACAGACACCGGCACUUCUCUCUGGAAUUGGAAUGGGUCUGGAAGCAAGAAAAACACUGCCAAGAAACAAUUUCCAGUGACGGAAUUCUUGCAAGAACAUUACAGAAAAAUGAGGGAAACAGUGUUGGGGCCUGGAGGUGGAGCUGGAAUCGGGUGUGGUGUUGGAGUCGGGUUUGGCUUGGUUGGCGGAGUGGGUUUUGGUGGCUCGUCGUGGAACCAGCUAAACCUAGUUUUUGGGGUUGGAAUGGGUUGUGGUGUCGGUGUCGGAUUCGGGUACGGGCAAGGGUUUGGAUACGGGUUUGGUUUGGAUACUUUAGAGUCUUACGUUUCCAAACUGGAUAGUUCAGAUUCGUGAAAAAGGUUAGCAAUUAAUAAAAUGAAUUUCGCACUUAGUGAUGAGCUCAGUUUUGUUGUUGUAUUAUUAUGUUCUUUAUGGUUCUUAUCUGAUAAUGGAGUGUGUAGAUUGAAUACUCUGAGACUGAUGGGUUCUUAGUAGACAAAAUUUUUCAAUACUACUUCCCAUAUAUUUUCCUUCUACUUUGAAACAGUUUUUGAUUCUUCUUAAUUAAA